CAGACAUGUUUAAAGCCGAUAAUAUUUCCUCUUGCCAAUUAACGCCGUGUAAUUGACAAGAAUUUGAGGUUUAAUUGAAAGGGAAAAGUAUAUUGUUAUCUUUGUGAUGUAAAAACUAAUUACUUCUCAUACAAGUCGAUAACAAUGGCGACUUAUAGCAUUUUGUCCUUGAAUCGAGUUUUUAUUCCCCGUUUAAAACAAAUCCGAACUUUAUCAACUCAACUACAACGUGACUACAAAGAAUGGUGUGGUGUUAUUGGCUUAGAAAUCCAUGCUCAGAUUCUGUCAGAAAGCAAAAUGUUUUCAGGUUCUGCCACUACAUACGGUGCUCCAACUAACACACAAGUUUCGUUUUUUGAUGCUGCCCUUCCUGGAACUUUACCUGUAUUAAAUAAAAGAUGCUUGGAAGCUGGCGUACUUACAAGUCUGGCUCUUGGUUGUAACAUCAACAAGGUGUCAUUGUUUGAUAGGAAACAUUAUUUUUACGCUGAUUUGCCCGCUGGGUAUCAAAUCACACAGUAUUUCAAACCAUUAGCUCAAGGUGGUAAGCUCAAAUAUUAUGUUCCAGGGCAUUCGAAAGACAAAGGACAUGUUGAAAAAGAGGCUAGAAUCACUCAGAUUCAGUUGGAAGUUGACAGUGGAAAAAGCUUGCAUGAUUAUACAGAUAGAACUACUUUAAUUGAUUUAAAUCGAGCAGGAAUGGGGCUUAUGGAAAUUGUCACAGAACCAGAUUUUAAGAACGGAGAGGAAGCUGCUGCCUUUUUGAAAGAAUUACAGUUGCUUUUGAUGACGUUGGGAACAUGCAAUGGCAAGAUGUCAGAGGGUUCUUUACGUGUUGAUGCUAACAUCUCCAUCCACCGUCCGAGUGAACCCUAUGGAGUGCGCACUGAAGUAAAAAACAUCAACAGUAUUAGGAAUGUGGCCAAAGCUAUUGAUUACGAGAUAGAAAGACAAAUUGUCGACAGAAAUGAAGGAAAGGAAAUCGAGAAUGAAACACGUUCGUUCGACUCUGAAACUGGAGAAACGGUAUCUAUGAGAGACAAAGAAGGUUUCCAAGAUUAUCGAUUUAUGCCAGAACCAAAUUUGCUUCCUGUUCAUGUUUAUGACAAUUCAACUGUUCCUUGUGAUGCACAUUCUGAAGUCGUUAACAUUGACACUCUCAGAGAACAAAUGCCAGAACUACCCAAUAAAAAACGAGAACAUCUACAGAAAAAUUACAAUUUAUCAAUUGAAGUCAGCAAUAUACUUUUGUUUGAAGAUGGUUUACUACAGUUGUUUGAAGAUUCUGUGAAUGCCAGCAAAGGACGUUUGUCAUCGGUUCAAAUCAUCUGCAACUUUUUAAUGAAUGAGUUUCUUCAAUAUCUCAAUGCUCUUAAUACUACGGUGAAGCAAAGUGGUAUAACUGCUGUGGCAUUGGCAGACAUCUGUGAUAUGUUGGAUCAGGGUGAGAUUUCCAGAGGAACCGCAAAAGAGGUAUUGCUUUUACUGUUUGAAGAUCCUUCGCAAACUCCCAGUUCUAUAGUACAAUCCAGAAAUUGGAACCAAAUACAGAAUGUUGAAUAUUUAGAAAAAACCUGCUCAGAAGUAAUAGAAAACAACGCCAAGGCUGUCAAAAAAUAUAAGAAAGGGAAAACGAAAGCAAUCAAUUCCCUUAUAGGUGAAGUCAUCAAGAAGACAGGGCAACGAGCUGACCCCGUUUUAGUAAAUAAUAUUCUCAAGAAACUACUGGAGUAAUUUAGAAGUUUCAAAUGUGGUUUUUUAUUUUAUUAUCUAAUUAAACAUUGAUUUUUAA